UGCGCAAAAAAAUUCUACAGUUUUGUGCGCAGUUUUUUAAAUUGGAUCAACGGCACGGGAAAUUGUAUACGCCUUCGUGUGCGUGGAUAUAGCCAAGAAGAAUGGUUAUUUUCGCGAUUUGACGUUCAACACAUUUUCAAUUACGGGUUAUCAAGUAGUACUACCCUCUUUGGAUCCACAAUGAGUUGGGUAGUGGACGAGUGGAAGGAUGGUCUCCCGGCCAAGGCCCUGCAAAAGAUCCGGGAGAUGGAGACCAAGUUGGAACGUCUCAGCAAGGAGCACAAGCAGAAGCAGUUCCAGAUGGAGAGUCUUGAGGCAGCCUAUCAGAAACAGUUGAGAAAAACAGACGAGGAAAAGAACGUUCAGGCCACGCUCAAACGAGACAAUCAGACGCUGGCAGAGACAUGCCAGGAGCUGGAGCGUAAGCGAGAGAAGGUCACGCACGACCUGCACUCCAAGGAGACCAUGGUCUCUUGCCUGGAAGGUAAACUGUCUCACACUCAACAACAGCUGGAUGUGGAGACUAACCGUGCUGCACAGGUGAAAAAUGAGCUGGAGAGGGUUCAGAUGGAGCACAACACCUGCCUGCAGAAGAUGGAGAAACUGAGCGGCGACCACACCCGGCUACAGGAGAAUUGCGCCCAGCAGCAGCAUCGAUUGGAAGGCCAGAACAGCCGUGUCAAGGCCCUGCAGAAGGAGGUGUCCCAACUCAGGGAUAAACUGGACUUAAAGGAGGGCAGGCAGCGCAACUACAGCUCAUCAUCUCAAGGGAGCUCAGCAAGUGAAGAGGAAUACACCUCCAUGAAGCAGCAACUGAAAGACAUGGAGGCUGCCAGGAUGAGAGAGAUCGCCAGGGUCAGAGAGCUGGAAGAACUGCUUGCUCAGGCUAAGAUGACCAAUUCCCCGGCCCCACCCAAGGAGAAACCUGCUAAUGACCUGAUGAGCUUUGACAGCCCCGUCCGACCCCCCCAGAACCAAGCUACGCCGUCCACGGACAACGAGCUUGCUGACAAGCGCGCGCUACGCGAAAUGGAGCAGACCAUCUGUGACCUGAAGAAGCAAAACGAAGGCCUCGGCCAGGAAAACCAUAAGCUGGAGUUGCAGGUCCAGGCAAAAGACAAAGAACUGAGCAACCUGCGGUCCCAGAUGGCAGACAGCGAGAAAGAAUUGAAAGAAGUCAGGAAAGCCCUGGCUGACCAGGAAUCUGCAUUCAACAAACAGAGGGAUGAAACAAAUACAUUGCGGAACCAGUUAGAAAAAGCCAAUGCAAAGCUCGAAGACAACGAAAGAAAAUCCAAGCAAACAGUUCAGGAGCUGGAAUGCCAACGCCACAACGCUGAGGCAGCCCGUACAUCUCAAGAGCAGCGCUUCAAGGAACGAGAAAAACAUCACAAGCAGGAACUCUCAGAGCAGGCACAAGCCUUCACCUCCCUGGAUAAAGAAUUCAAAGAUGCCACUAACAAGCACCAACAGGAGAUGAACAAACUAACGACGGAGCGCAGCAUGCUGCAGUCACAGCUUGAGAAAGCUCAGUUUACUACUCAGAAAACAGACAAGGAAAUCGGUGAGCUGAAGCAGAAACUUGAUAAAGCCGGUCACAGUAUCAAUUCACAUGAUAAAACAGUUGCGCAGCUGGAAAAGGCACUCGCGGAUCUCAAGAGAGAGAAGGAAAACUUGGUGUGUAAGCUUGACCAGGGCAACUGCAAGAUCACCAACCUUGAGAGCCAGGUGAAGCAGUUGAAACGAGAGAGCCAGCACAACGAGGGCUUGGUGAACGACCUGCAAGGGAAAAUGCAGCAAAAGGAGAACGACUUGGACAACCUGAGUGCCAAGUCAGACAGCCGCAUGAAGGAGCUGAACAACAUCACAGACAAUCUAAAGCUCCAGUUGUCCACAAUGGAAACCAAGCAUUCAUCUGCUCAAGAUUUAGCCCAGAAACGAGAACACGAGAUCGAGCAGUUGAAUCAGAAGCUUACAGCAUCCGAAGAAGCAAAGCAAAAACUCCAAGAGCAGAUGGAUGGCAAAUGUAAAGAGAUUGACAGCAUGAAGACAGAGGUUGCCUCGCUGAGGCAGCAGAGCAAAGAAAUGACGGCAACGGUGGAGAAAGCUAAAGAGGCACAAACCCAACAUGAAAGAAAACUUGAAGAGAAAGAUAACAGGAUAGCAGAGCUUCAAAAUCAGCUGACGGAAUCAAAGAGUGAAGUGGAAUCCCUCCGGUCUAAGCUGGCAGAGCUUAGUGCAAAACAAGAGAACAACCAGCAAAUCGUAGACAAGAAGGACGCUGAAACUGCAUCUAUGAGACAGAAGCUGCAAGAUGCAGAGAAUUCUCUACAAGAAACAGAAGUCAGACAUACAAAUACCAUCAAAGAAGUCAACAACGAAUCCAACCAUCUCAAGGCAGCAAUAGGCAACCUUGAGAGACAGUUGCAGGAAGAGAAAGCAUUAACUGGCAAACUGGAAAUCACAAGGGCUGAACUUCAGGAUCAACUUGUCAAUGCAGAGAAAAAUCUCAAGCUGAAAGGAGAUGAAUAUCAGACCUUGGAAAAAGAGCUCGCAGCCCAAAAGAAUGAACGGAAGAAGGCCCUCUGUGAUGCUGAGGCUCGGCUUAGGGACAUGGACAACCAACAAACAAACCUGAUUCAACAGCACGAGCAAGCACUUGCCGCAAAAGCCGAUGAGCUCAUUGCUAAAUGUGCCCAAGUUUCAGACAUCCAGAAUAACCUUGAAAAAGCAAAUGAACAUCUGAGGUUCUUUGAAUCUCGUUCCAGCCAGCUUCAAGAAUCUUAUAAUGAUUUGAAGCUGAAGAACGACCAGCUUGAAUCUGAGAAGUCAAAGCAUGACAGCAUCUUGCAAGACCAGGAUGACGAACUAAAAAAACAGAAGACGUUGCUUGCUCAGCAAACUACCGAUCUUGAAUCAGUGAUCAACAAUAUCCGGCAGGAGAACAGCUCUCUUCAUUCAGACUACAAGAAAGCCUGUGAACUAGCAAACACCAAAGGAAUGGAAUUGACAAAUCUACUGAACAGUCUUGAAAAAUCUGAGUCUGAGGUUGAAAAGCUGAGAGAGCGAUUGCACAGGACAGAAGCAGAUUUGGAGUUGGCCAGAACAGCUGAGCAAGAUGCCAAGAAAAAUGAAUUGGAACUUGCCAAAUCUGCUGUAGAGAAAGAAGAAUUGCUGCAGUCACUCAGAAAUGAACUUGACAACGCUAAAAGUGAACUCCAACAGUCUGAAGAGAAACACCAAGAUGCAAUGGCAGCACUGAAAGAAAGACUUGCAGGAACUGAAACAAGGAUAGAGGAGAAGUCCAAAGAAAUAUCUGAUCUUGUAGAGAAGGUGACUUAUCUGGAGAGCAAGGGACAGCAGAUGGAGCAGCAACUUGAACAGGCCGAGUCUGACGUUGAGAAUGCAGCAGCAGUUGCAGAGGCACGCUCUAAAGAAUCAUCAGAGAUGGCGUCCGAGCUCAGUCUUGCCCAAAAGGAGCUGAGUAUUGCCAAACUUGAUUUGGAAAAUACAACAAAGACCUUGUCAUCUGUGCAACGUGACCUGCAUGCCGCACAAGAGGACCUGGAAAUUACUGGAGACAUGUCGACCAGAAAGGAAGAAGAUGUUAAGCAACUGAUGGAGGAGAGGAAGGAUCUGGAGGCUAAACUUGAUGAAUCAACCAAACAAUUUGAGGCAUCCAUCACAGGUUUGAAGGAGGAGAAAGCAGCCUUGACUGAGAAGUGCAGUCAUGCCGAGACGGCCAUUGCAAACAAGGAGUCUAGUCUUGGGGAGAUGAUGAGUCAGGUUGAUAAGGCAGAGGCGGAGGUUGUUGCUCUCCAGAAGAAAGUUCAAAAGCUUGAACAAAGUGAGACUUUUGCAGAGGAGACAGUAGAAACACUCCAGCAACAGGCCGCUGACCAUCAGGAACUCUUACUGGAAAAAGAUAACAAGCUGUGCUUUCUGCAAGCUGAACUGCAGCAUGUGCAAACCAGUUUGGAUAAAGCCUUUGAAGAUCUGAGAAACAGGAAUGAGCAGAUCGAAAACUUAAAAACGGAAACUUCAAACCAGUCUGAGCAGAGGGAGAUGGCUCUGAGACAGAGACAAGCCCAGGUAGAUGAACUGUCAUUACAGAUAAAGUCCACUGAGGCAGAAUACGUUCAGUUACAGAUAAGGUACUGUGACACCGAGAAGGAACUCGAUCUUCUGAAAACAUCCGACUCCGAGCUUCAAGACAAAUUGGACACGAGCCGAGAACAACUGCAGUGUAGAGAGAUACUCCUUCAAGAAAAGUUGAAGGAGAUUGAACAGCUGCAACAGACUUUUGAUCAGACCUUAUCGGAGAAUGCGUUGUCUUUAAAAGACCUUGAAGCGUCCAACCUUAGUCUGACAGAGAAAUUAGACCAGAGUUCAGCUCUUGUUCUCCAAAAGGAAGCCCAAUUAACAAGUCUUGAGCAAGAUUAUGAAAAACUUAAACAGGAACAUGAAUCUGCUACUGCUGCUUUACUUUCAGAAGUUGCAACACUUCGAGAUCAGGUCUCAGAUGUUGAAACCAAACUGGAGAAGACCAAGGAUCUCCAACAUGCCACACAGAAGAAGCUCCAGCAAACUACAGAUGCCCUGAACUCAACCAGGGAUGAGAACCAGAGAAUGCAAGGUCGUCUGGACCUGAUCCAGAUGGACAUUGAAGACAAGGAUGAGUGCAUGGAGGCAUACACAGAACAGUUGGGGAAAAUGGAGAGUAGCAUAAAAGCUUUGGAAGAAGCAAAGCAGCAAAGCAACUCCACCAUCAGUGACUGCAAGAUGGAACUCUCAAAGGCGCAGGAAGAAAUGGAAGUUCUCAGAAGAGAAAAGGAAAGUCUACAACAAGUAAUUGCAGAGAGUGAUAAGAAGGAAUCAAACCAACUGGAGGUUCUCAAGAACUUGAGGUCUGAGCUGAGUGAGAACGAAAGCAACAUCACUUCUCUCAAUGAAGAAAUUGAAAGCCUGCGAGCUAUGUCUGAGGCCAACCUUUCAGAAGUGGUCAGUAAAACACAGGAAGUAGAGUUAUUGAACAUACAGAUGGAAAAUCAGAGACAGACCCUGAACUGUUUAGAAUCUGAUUUUCAAGAGAAGGCAUCUGCAGUCAGUAUCUUAGAGGAGAAGUCAAUCAAAAUGGCCAAGGAUCUGGAAGAAAAGGACUGCUUGCUUGAGGACAGGCAGCACACUCUGCAAACGCUAACGGACCAGUUCAAAGAUUUGCAGAGCAAACUGACCCAUAAAACCGAAGAACAUGAGGCAUCAGCAAGUAAGAUGACCCAGGAUAUGAAUGCCUUGCUCUCCAAACUUGAGGUCAGUCAAAUGGACGUUGAGGACGGGGAAAGCGCUCAUCAAGAGCUACUUCAAAAGCUUGAACAGAGACAGCAGAUGUGCAAGCAGCAGGAGACUAGGAUCGCCAGCCUCACACUGGAGUCUGAGGAGCUUCAAAAGAAGGCAGAGGAGCUUGAAUCAGCUAAGACGUCCCUUCAGAAAGCUUUGACUGAUAUGGAAACAGAAACAAAGGCAGCCCUGGAGAGAGAGGAAAGUGUAGUCAGUGAUUUGAGACAGACAACCGAAACUCUGGGGGAGCAAAAACGCAGCUUGGAAGAUGAACUCCAAAGGUUACGCUUUACCCUAGAGAACACCAUCGAGGAUCUGAACAGCCUCACAGAGCAGUUUCAUGUUACAAAUGAGAAACAUGAACAGCUACAGCAGCAUCACCAGGAUCUCACAGCCAGUCACACAGAGUUGAAGAAAGAGUUUGAUGCGGUCGUUAAUCAGAAGGAUGCCCUCGUCCAAGCCAGCCACAGCUUAAGAGAGGAAAUGGAGGAAACCAGAUCAGCUCAGCAACAAGAAAAUGCUGAUUCGCAGAUGGAGAUGAAAGCGCUACAAGAAAAAUUGCAGUCUCUCGGCAGUGAACACGGGUCACUGAAAACAACUUAUGAAGAGACUGUUACAAGACUCGCAGAUGUUUCCAAAGAAGAGCAACUGGCAAAGGAAAAUCUAGAACAGCUUCAACUUGAUACGACUCAACAGCUGACUAACUCUAUUACAACCACAGCUGCUUUGAAAGAAAAGGUUCAAAAUCUUCAAGAUGAACUGGAAUCAACCCAGGAAGCUCUCAAUCAGACUAGUAAAAAGCUCUCGGAAGAGGAGAAUGAUCGUCAUCACCUUCAGGAAAGAGUUGAAUUGGAGAAGGAAAAUCAAAAUCUCUUGAUGACGGAGCUAACACAGAAGCUGGCCUUAACGAACGCUCUUGUGACUGAAACACAGAACAAGCUAGCAGAGGCUGAAAAGUCACUGGAAUCGUCCGGUGAACAUAUCCACACCUUGGAGGCCUCAACAGAAUCUUUAGAUGCGGAUCUCAAAGCACUCACCCAGAAAUCCACGCAGCAGGAGAAGACCAUCAUCAAGCAGGGAAAUCAGAUUUGUGACUUGGAGCAAAUUGUAGGCGAGAAGGAGGCUGAAAUUGAAGAGAUGAAGUCUAACUUGGAAGACACAGAAGACCAACUUUCAAACAGCCAGAGGGAUUACAAAAAAGAGUUGGCCGAGAAAAAGAAAGAGGUUGGUAACCUUCAAGCAGAGUUGACACAACUCCAAGAAGUGCUUGAAUUGAAUCAAAAUGCUCUCAAGGCUGAACAGGAUAAAGUUAAGGAGAAGGAGGCGGAUGUUGAAGCUCUGACGGCAAAAAGUAAGAGUGAGGUUGGGGCCAUCAUGGAACAACUGGAGCAGGUACAGAAUAACAUGAAAGCGGCUCAGCAAAAGCAUGUGGAAGAUGACCAUAGAAUUGAUGGACUGAUCAGCCAAAUUGCACAACUGAAAUCCCAGAUGGAAGCUGACAGAGAAACGCAUGAAAGGAAAGAAUUUGAAAUUAUUGAGCGUGAAGCACAUGCACAAGAGAAUAUUGAUAGUCUCAGAGAAGAGAUCUCACAACUGAAGCAGAGCAUUUCACGACAAGAUGACGUGAUCACAGAACAAAAAGGAGCUUUGGAUGAAUUCCGCGAUUGCAUUUCCUUGCAGGACAGAACUUCUACAUGUGUAGUGGAGGAACUCAAUGCCAAGAUUCAGUCUGCUGAAUCUGAAGUGAAUCAUCUUGAGGAACAGCUCAGAAAUAAGAUGGAGUUGUCUGAACAUUUGGAGCAACAGGUGGAAUCCUUGAAAACUUCACUUAUUGAAGAGAAAUCCUGUCUGCUCGAGUCCCUUGCGGAGAGUGAAGAGAAACUGGAUCUGAUGAAUAAAAGUCACACCGAUGAGAUUAAGCUUCUGAAAAGGAGGUUGGAUUCCCUUGCUCAAGAAAAUGAAGAGGCUUUGGAUGCAGAGAAACAACGCACCUUAAAGCUUCAAGAGGACCUGGACAAGACUAGAGAACUGUCCGUGCUACAGAGGGAAUCUGCAGAAAAUGAUCUUGCCUCACUGAAGAACGAGAAGCUUCAGCUCGAAACGACACUUGUGGAACUCAAGCACUGCACUAAUGAAAAAGUCAUUGAGGUCCAACAGUUGAAAAAUGCUCAAACAGAAAGUUGUCAGAAGUUGCAGUCUGGGUUUGAACGAAUCGAAGCCCUGCAGACAGAAAUUCGUGAUCAGCGGGAUGCCCUGGCGAUUGCCAAUAAGGAGCACACUGAUGUGAGAGAAGAACUCGAACACCGAAUCAGUCUUCAAGAAAAGCAGAACGAGAUUUUGUCGCACAAGCUGGAAAUGAAACAACGAGAGGUAGAGGAUCUUCAUGAAAGUGAAAAGAUUCUACACCUAGAGCUUGUAUCGCUGAAACAGAAUAUGUCAGAAGGCAGUGAUGUUGCAGAUGCCAUCAAAGAAGAUCUUGUGACAAAGCUCCAACAUUCCCAGGAAGAAAAAGAACAUGCAGAAUCGCGGAUUACCUCUCUGCUUCAACAACUGGAUUCGUCAAGAAAAGUUUGUGAAGAAAACGAGUAUCAACUGAGUGUCCUGAAGAAUGAGGUUGAGUCGCAAGGUUUCACAAGUGAGGACCAAACGGCAAGAAUGGAUGGUAUCGUUACCGAGAAUAGAAACAUGAAGGAGGAACUGGACAAAAUUAGAAGAGACAGGACCAGGCUUCAAACGGAUUUGGAUGAUGCCCUGAGCCAACUGAAAGCACUGUCGGCUGAAUCUGAGCAAUAUCAAUCCAAAGAAAAUGAGCUGCUGGUACAAAUUGAUCAGUUGGAAGAACAGAGAAGAUCCUUGGAAAUGGACAUGGAAUCUCAAAGGAUUGAGAUAAGUAAACUCCAGGACAUUUGUAGCAAUCUUCAAGGUGGAGCAGAAGAAAGAACGAGUGCUUUUCAAUCUUUGCAGGAUGAGAAUACCGACAUGAUUCGUAAAUUGGACAACGUGAAUCAAGAGAUGCUUGCAGUCCAAGAAUCUUUGAAAUCAACUCGAGAGGAGAAGAGACAGGUUGAGGAGGAAAAUACCUGCCUUGUAAGAAAGAUAGAAAAUCUUGAACAAACUGCAGCAAAUCUCAAGGAAGAGAUAUCUCAAGAGAGUGCUGCCAAAUUUGAUCAUUUAGAGCAGGCAAAGAUAUCAAACGGUGAUGUAACGUCUCUGACCACGAAAGUGAAUGAACUUGUGACCCAAAUCAGCACACUGCAAACCGAAAAGCAGGAAGUCAUUUCUUCUCUGCAGUCAACUGUAGCAAAGGUUUGUUCCGCACAGCAAGAAACCCAGGAGGUCCAAAGUGCUCUGUCUACCCUGCUCCAUGAAAAAUGUGACUUGGAAAAGCAGCUGGACACAUUGCAGACCGAAUUAACUGAUCGCGGAGAAGAAAUAGAGCAUUUGACCCAGGCAGUUACACUGAAGAUUGAAGAGAAGAACAUGAUUGAAGAGGAACUGAUGUUGAGGCAAGCAGAAGUUAAAGAGAUUGAAGAGGGAUGUCAGGAGCUGAAACACCACAUCAGCAGCAUGGAAGCAGAGCAUACAACGAUGGAAUGCCAACUUGAAAAGUCUGAAUCAGUUCAUGCCGAACAAACUAGGAAACUAACCGAACUGUCUGAAAUGUUAGUGGAAGCAAGAGCAGCUGAGCAAGAAGCUGAGAGGAAUGGGCUCACCUCCACCUCGGAGAUGCAACACCAACUUGAUGUUGUUACCAAGGAGCGAAAUGAACUCACUGAAGAGAACCAGGAGAUGAGUGUUAAGCUUCAUACUCUCGAGACAGAAACUGCAGACCUCAAGAUGCAACUCAACCUCCAACAAGCCGAUUCUAGACAAAGAAUGGAGCAGUUGGCUUUGGAAAUCAGCCAGCUGGAGAAAGAGAAGAAUCAUGCUGUGGAGACACUGGACUCUCUACAUUCCAAUCACAACCUGGAGUCAUAUGAAAGGAGUGAACUUGAAGAUGAAAUAAAGGCAAAAGAAAGAGACAUUGACGAAAAGAGUUUGAGAAUUUCAAGUCUCGAAGCGUCUUUGGAAGAAGCAGGAAAAGAGGAAGCAGGUUUGUCCGAAGCUUUGAGAACUGCACAGAAAAAUCUAGAGGAAGCAAAUAAUGACAACUGGGAUGUAACAGAGAGCCUUCAAGAUAAACUCUCUGAGUUGUCUGCUGCAGAAGAAAAAAUCACUGAUCUCGGUCAAAAUAUCCAAACUCUGGAAUCAGAAAAAGCAGAAAUGUCCAAAAGCAUUAAAGAAAUGGCGACUACUCACCAGGCCGAAAACGACAAGCUGAAAGAAGAACUGCAGUACAAUGCCGAGCAACUUGAGAAAGUUUCAUGUGAAAAGGGUCUUCUUGAAGAUAACAAUGCAGCCUUGAAGUUGGAACUCCAGAGCCUUGAAUCCAGAUUUGGCCAAGUCAUGUCGGAGAAUGAAAGUGUGAAGAUUGAAAGAGCUGAAGAGAAUGAUGGCCUUAGAACACUGCAGACUGAGCUGGCUGACAGUAAGGAACAGGUCAAGCAGUUGGAACACCAGUUAGAAUCCUUAAAGACGCUGCAGUAUAAGAUGGAACAAGGUACAGAGGAAGAAAUUUCAGCUCUGAGCACAGAAAUCGCCAACCUGCAAGAUCAACUGAAAGAUUUGUCUCAUAGCUUCAAGAAUGUGCAAGAAGACAACCAGAAUUUGAAGCAGCAGAACGAGGAGUUCCAAGCCCAGGAGGAAACGUUAGAGAAUAGACUUAGCCUCCUGGAAGCUGAAGAAAACACCUUGAAGUCGUCCAGGACAGAAUUGGCCGAUCAGAUCAAGACGUUGGAAUAUGAACGUAGUGAAAUGGGUCGAACACUUGAGGACCUGAAAAGUCAAUUGCAGAUGAGCGAGUCUAAGAAAUAUGAAAUGGAAAAGCAGCUUAAUGCCUCUCAGACCAAGGCACUCCAGUUUGAGGCAGAACAGGUCGAUUUGGAAUCUCGGUUGAAGACCCUGCAAUCAGAGAAUCAAGCAAUGGAGGAACAGGUGACAUUGCUGAUGUCAGAGAAAGCAGAAUUGCAGUCGAUUGAGGUGCAAGUGCAGGAGUCAAGUGCUGCACAUGAGGCCGAGCUGUCUCGUCUCAGGACACAGCUUGAGGAGGGCGAUAAACAACGCACGAGCCUGGAAGAAGCUCUCAGUGAGACGGAGAGUGGAACCAGGCAAAGGAUGGAGGUGUUGACAGUUGAGCUUGAGGAGGCAAGGAUGAACCUUGAGGCAAAGGAUGCAGAAAUUAAGAGCAAACAGCUGGAGCUUGAAGCUGUUCAAAGUGAAAAGAAAGAGCUUGAGAAGAGUCUACAGAUAAAACACGAAGACCUGCUGAGAAUCCAAGCCAAUCUGAGGACAGAGGUGGAGGGAUUUGAGAGGAGGCUCAUGACACUGGAGGAGGAGUCUAAGAUUGAGGUCACCACUGUGCAGGAAGAGCACGGUAAUCAAAUUGCCAAGUUGGACGAGAAGCUCGAGACGGAGAAGACAAAGGCAUCCGAUCUCGAAAAGCUGCUGGAGACAUUGCGCGUUGAGAAAUGCAAGUCGGAGGAAUCUCACGCAAGUACCCAGGAACAGCUGGAGAAACUACGAAGCCAAGCUUUGCAACAGGAGGAGAAAUUGCAGGAGAAGAAAUCAGAAUGCGAACAGCUGAAAUUGUCUGCCGAGAAAGCCAACCAAGCCAUGAAGACGAUGAGUAUUAAGCUGAAGCGAGCUGAACAGGAACUAUCGCCUGGAAAGAAGCAGCUGCAAGACCUCAAGAAGAUGGAGGCACAGUGUACUAAACUACGAGGCCAGCUGGCUGAUGAAAAAUCUGCUCGCGCCAGAGCUGAGGAAAAUCUAGAAAAGGCGAAAGGCCGUGGUGAGCAGUCUUUGAAAACUAGCGAUGCCAAAGUGAAAGAAUUGAUGAGGGAUGCUGAGGAGCUGCGAAAGGACAAAGAAUCUCUACAAGGGAAGCUUCAGUUCUCCAUCAACAACUCCCGCCGCUUGGAGAAAGACUUGUCCAACCUUCAAAAUCACGUCGCUCAGAUGGAAGCUGAGAUGAGAGAUCUGAAAUUGGGGUCUGGGCAACCAGCAAACGAUGCCAAUGUCUGUGAUGGUGGCAGAGGUGGGAUCAGUCAGGACGUGGAAGAGCUGAGGAAGGAGCUAGCUGACAAGACAGAGGAAGCCGCGAGUCUCAGGGAGCUGGCCGAGGCUAAUGAAAAAGAAGCCAACCAACAGCUGAAGAAAUACGUCCAGCUGAUCAAGCGCUAUCAGAAACAGGAAGGGAUCAACGAGACACUGAGUAGCCAAGUGAAUGCCCUGAAGAAAAUGGUGAAAGCUGCCAAGAAACCCAAUUCAAAUGAUGUCAAACCAACUGAAGUGUCUCAGAGUGUACCAGAUAAUGAUGCAGUCCAGCCGAACUCUCUGUCAAACCAUCGUCAGAACUUUAAGGGUGAAGUUCAAGCAUCAGCUGAGAUUCAACCAACAUCAGCAGCACCUACAGUGGACCCAGCUGCUUCUCUUGCACCUACCAAGACACCAAGCCCUGGUAGAAGGAGAACCAGAUUGUCGACAAGGAGACAUUCGAACAAUAAAGAUUCUGUGCCGCAACCAAGCCUCACAAUGAAUGAACCAACCACUGAGCUUGUGACUGACGGACCAAAGAAGGCUGACGAGUCUGACAAAUCCAAGUUGUCUGGCCCAAAUGACAAGAUGACAAGCAACCAUGUCAGUCACUUGCCCGUACGGACUGGCAAACGUCCCCUGAGCACUCCUGUGAAGCCUGCAGAAACCAAGCGCACUCGGCACCAGAGUGGCAAUGAAGGGAGCCAGCUAGAUCAACCCAAUGGACAACUUGCUGAGCCCAAGAAUAGAGCUGGGAGACUGAUGAGGAGUCGUCUAAAACCGCCGACUGCCUUACGUGCCGCAACUACCAACCCCAGCAAGGUCCAGGGUUUGACAACGCAGCAGCAAACCAAGGACAGCAUCUUGCCUGCCGGUAGCAGCAGCACAACCAGCCAAGACAGCAAGCAGCAUGGAUUCACCUUUAGGCCAUCAUCUCAAGGCGAGACGCUCCCGCAGCGAGUCAUGCGCAGCAGCAGGUCCCAAGAGACAGCAUCGCAUCAAAGCAAGAGCAGCAGCCUGCCUGCCACCAGCAGCAGCAACAGCAGCAGCAGCAGUCAGGAUGUCAAACAGCAAGGCAUCUCCUUCAGACCAUCACAGGGUGAGACGCUCCCACAGCGAUUCACGCGCAGCAGCCAGCAGUCAUCUGGCGAGGUUGGACUUCAUCCCGCUGCCUUGGGAACCAUCACAAACAGCCCCAGGAAGGUGCCCGCAAUGACAACUGAAGCAGCCAAACAGCGUCAGAUCGGCAGGCCCAGACGCAGGCUGAGCCUGAACAGAUCCCCGAAGGACUCCAAGAGGCAAAGGACUGCCGGUGGGACGGACGGCGACAAGGAAGAAAACUGCCAAAUACAGUAACAGCAGGGAUUUUUGUAUCGUUACUGUUUUGAGUCAAAUGUUUUAUUUGAGGGGGCCACUCAUUGUUGGUGCCCAAUUUUGUAUGUACCAAAAUUACCCAAACCAAAAUGGCACCUUCCUAUAGAGCGUGCAAGUGUCAUGCGAACAUCUCGUUACCAAACACCGACUAGUCCAGUCACAGAUUCCCAUUGUAGAAUUUACCCAAUUGUUAUCUGCGUGAUCAUUUCAUUAUCGUCAAUAAUUCACAAUACUUUCAAUAUGUUGUACAUUGUAAUUUCUUUUCUUUCUCAAGAGUCCAUCUAUUGCCCUUGAAUGCAUAUGCCUAGUCAUCAGGACUGAAAAUAAAUGCAAAAAAAAUAGGACAUUACACACGCUGUAGACGUACACAUGGUGCCCGUACCGGUAUGUACUCUAUUCCCGUUAAAAUCUCGCAUGUUUUUGAGGUCAACUUGCGUGCUCAUGGGGUUGGCAUAUUUCAAAAAGGCCAAAAAAGGCAUCUUGACAUUUAUACUUUGGUCUAAGCCGUUUUCCCCGCAAACUUUUGAAUCUUACUUGUGGGUGACAUUCCAUUCAAGCAAACGUUGACAACAUUCGCAGUCUGUUUGUGCGUAGCCAGUGGGAAAUAGUUGGCAAGAUUUGCAUUGUUGGCGUAUGAAAGUGGAAUAUCGGUACAACCAUGGUGUGUGGCUGUGUAGGAGUCAGGAAUGGACUUGCUGAACGAUACCCCACCAUUAGUGGAAUUUUUUAAUAUGUGACCAAAGGUUUUUACAAUUUCACUUGUGCACUUUAGAAUAAUUUAACAACUGUUACAUCCAUUAGGCCUACACAGAGUUUUCACAAGAAAGAUCAACUCUGACAUUUUAUUAUCAGUUUUUAUUUAUUGUUCUUUUCUAAUCAAUUCUUUGUUUGAAAACACUUUGAAAACAGGGAACAUAAUUAGCUGAAAUGACUGUUGCAUGUAAGACAACUGUAUAUAUCUGUUCAUAUACAUAACCUGAUAUGUCCUUUUUGUGCUCAACUUACUUUUAAGAUUCCUCUUGGAUGAAGAAUGAUUUGCAAGUUUAUUCAGAUGUACAAUGGAUUUACCAAUUGAACAGAGUAGAAAGUUGCUAUCUCUUAA